CAAUCUGCUCGAUCUCUCUUCUUAAGACAAGCCCUCUCAUCUCUGGAAUCAACAAGUGAACCUCCUCUGAACCACCUCCAUUGCAACUCCAUCCCUCCUCAAGUGGGAAAUUACCUGCGCAUGUUCCGGGGCUCGCUGUACAAAAAGUAUCCGUCACUUUGGAGACGUCUGGCUACUGUCGAAGAGAGGAAGAAGAUUGUUGCUUCGUCACAUGAUCAUGGCUACACGACUCUGGCCACUAACGUUACCCUGCUACGUGCAACAGAGGUGGAAGAGAUCCUGGAAGGCAAUGAUGAAAAGUACAAGGCCGUCUCUAUCAGCACUGAGCCUCCAACGUACCUUCGGGAACCGAAGUCGAAGCGAAGUAAUCAAUGGGUGCCCACCCUACCGAACAGCUCGCACCACCUGGACGCAGUGCCCUGUUCAACCUCCAUCAACAGAAACCGCAUGGGCCGGGACAAGAAGAGGGUUUUCCCCCUGUGUUUCGAUGACCACGAUCCCGCAGUUAUCCACGAGAAUGCCGCCCAGCCUGAGCUCCUGGUGCCUAUCCGGUUGGACAUGGAGAUUGAUGGACAAAAACUGCGAGACACCUUCACCUGGAACAUGAACGAGAAGCUGAUAUCGCCCGAGAUGUUCGCUGAGAUCCUGUGCGAUGACCUGGAUUUGAACCCGCUGAACUUUGUACCGGCUGUGGCCUCGGCCAUUCGGCAGCAGGUGGAAUCCUACCCCAUGGACAGCAUCCUGGAGGACCAGACCGACCAGCGAGUCAUCAUCAAGCUCAACACACACGUUGGGAAUAUCCUGCUGGUGGACCAGUUUGAAUGGGACAUGUCGGAGAGGGAUAAUUCGCCCGAGAAGUUUGCAUUGAAGCUGUGCUCGGAGCUGGGCCUGGGCGGAGAGUUCGUCACCACCAUCGCUUACAGCAUCCGUGGGCAGCUGAGCUGGCACCAGAGAACGUACGCGUUCAGUGAGAACCCACUGCCAGUCGUGGAGAGUGCCCUCCGGAACACCACGGAUGCUGACCAGUGGUGCCCCCUCCUGGAAACACUGACCGACGCCGAGAUGGAGAAGAAGAUUCGUGACCAGGACAGAAACACCAGGUACAGCACGACCAGCUGGAGUCCGAGGAACACCAGAAUGCGGAACAGGAGUCGGCCGUUCGGCCCCUCGAGCUAUGUCUGCCAUUCAAUAAAACCGUGGCUGAUCUGAUUGUGACCUCAACUCCACUUUCCUGCCUGUCCCUUCCCCAAUCCGUGACCCUCCAAACCUGUUGUCAAUCAAAAAUCUGUCUCACUCAGUGUCGAACAUAUUCAGUGACUGGGCCUCCAUUGCUCACUGGCAGAGAGAAUCACACAGACUAAUGACCCUCCGACAGCAUAAAUUCCUCCUCAUCUCAGUCUCAGAUGGGUAAGCCCUAAUUUUUAAGCUGUGUCUCCCAGUUCUAGAGUCUCCCACCCAGGGGGAAACACCCUCUUGGCAUCCAACAAUAAGUUCCUCAGAAUCUUACAUCCUUCACUAAGAUCAGCUCAUUCUUAAUUCCAGUGGAUACAGGCACAACAUAUCCUCACAAAAGACAUCCCACAGGGAACCCAGUUGAGAGAACCUUCUCUGAACUGAAAGUCCAAUUGUAUCCUUCUUUAAGUCCAGAGAGCAAAACUGUACACUCUGCUCCAGAUAUUGUGUCACGAAGGUCCUGUACAGUUGUGACAAUACUUCCCUCCUUUUAUACUUGAUUCCCCUUACAAUAAAGGUCAAAAUGCCAUCUGCUUCCUAA